AUGGCUGAUGGCACAACAUCGAGCUUCUUCGAUGCCACCGAAGUCAACUAUGACGAUGGAGCGGUUCCCGAUGAAGCUUUUCUAGCAAGUAUCAUUCUCUUAGGACCUAGCGAAACUGCCAGAUCGGAACGGAUCGCUCUCCCCAACCGCACACUACAACCGCGGCGUCUGAAACCGAUACCGGUGACAUCACACACCCGCACCACUUACUACUUGAAAUAUCGUUGCCACAACGACCCAAGAGCAACUGGUCGCUGA